CCGAAUAUUUGGAUUGAAAUUAAUAUUUGUCUAAAUUUUUCGUUCAGUUGAAACUAAGUGGACUGUUACUGACGAAACUGAAUAGUUGCCGCCACUCCGACACAGCAAUGGUUACGACAAGAAGAAAGGCGGCGGCGGCGGCCUCUGCAACUCCGGACCCGAAAACGCCUGCAAAUGAUCGGGAUCCCCAUUCAAUUGCCCGAAAUCCCAAAACCCCAUUCUCGAGCACCGCCAUCACACCCGCCUCAGUCAAAUCGGUCUUGUUGCAAGAUUGGUGGCUGGUAAAGGGUAAAGGAAAGGGCUUGGCCGUUGGAGGAUUUGCUUGUAGAGAGAGACUAGGAGUAAGAGUUUUUUGUUCAGCAGCAAUUUCCAAGAGACAUUCGGCCACUGUUCUUGAGACAGUAGAUGGGAUCAUGAUCACAGUUAGUGGUUGUUUAAAUAGGUCUCGCACGCAUCAAAAUGGCUUUCCAUCCGAGCUAUACGAUCACUUUCUUCUUGGAUUUCCUUUUGACUGGGAGGAAUAUGCUGCUGUUGUCACGGGUGACAAUUCAACCGACAUAGUUUCUUCAAUGAGGAAUUCAGCUUAUAAAAAGUUCAACGUUUCUUCAGGAACCAACGAGAGUAACUCUUUACCAUUCUCUUUAGAUGAUCUACCAGUGACAAGGGCACGUGAUCUGUCAAUUUUAAAUUUUGGAGACUCUGAUUAUUGUUCACUAGUAAAGAGCAUUUUCAGUGAUAUACUGAAAACAUCCAGGGACAAUGCUUCUGGUCAUACCGGAUCACCAAUCGGUUUAAAGAUGGAAAAUCGUAGUCCAGUGCCAAAUGUGGAUUCUGGAACAACUGAAACUCCAGCUAAGCAUAAGAAGGUUAAGGUUAAGGAGGACAAGAACCCGAUGACAGAAGAAAAUAAGAAAAUUCGCAAGAUUCCGCCUAGCUGUAGUGUAGGUGUUCUCACAAGAAGCAUGACUAGAAGAAGCAUGACUGGGAAUGUUUUCCACCCAAGAACGACAAGAAGGAAAGAUUACACAAAAACACAUGACCAGAAGAAAGCUGUAGCCCACCAGCUUUUCCGUCAAAGGCAACGCCGCAACAAGAAAAAAAAUCGAAGGGCGAAACACAAUAAAUGCUGGAAUGGGCUAUUUCAAUGUAUUUUGAUCCUUCGACGAAUGCUACACUUACUAUCGUCUGUAAAAAAAUCGAAAGCUUCGCAGUUGAGUUUUCUUCUCACCCUUGAUGUUACAAAGAUGGUCCGUUACGUUACGAUCCUGUAUGCAUAUUAGUAAUCUAUAUCAGUGUCAUUAGAAUGGCUAUAGCGCUUCUAAAUAACCAAAAGCCCUUUCGACAAUGUUUUGACAUAAAGCUAAAAGUGAUUAUAGUUUGUAAGGAACUGGGAAUUGCUUUUUUGAGAAGUACUAACGUGUGCUUCCUCAGGAUCACUUCCAUUUGGAUU